AUGAAUCGAACUCUUUCUUCUACAAGUCUUGCAAGAGACAGGUAUUCUGGGUCUAACAUCUACGCCUUCUUUGAUUCCAGGUGCUCACUCAAGGAAGUCAUCCAAGUAGUUGUUAGCCACGAAAAGAAACCGUUUUCUGUCCACAAAGAGCUCAUUUUCGCCUAUUCGGACUUCUUCAAAUACGCCUGCAGAGAGCCUUGGAAAGAGUCGGGCGGUGUGGUCGAGCUCCAUGACACAGAAUCUGGCCUUUUCGACAUAUACCUACGAUGGCUCUAUUGGCCCAAUUCCUUGGAUCGUAUUGAAAAUCCUGGUUGCACCACCACUCUGGACGGAGCCAGACGCGUAGACGUCUACAAGCCGCUGUUCGAUCUAUACGCGCUUGGACACAUGCUCCAAGACUACCAUUUCAGAAACAACGUCUUGAAUAAAAUCGUCAUGGUCGCACGGACCACCGGUCAAUAUCCAAACCGCUUCGCGGCUUUCGUACAUGACAUGCUCCCUCCCGCAUCGCCGCUUUGGCGACUGUACGUCGAUUUCUGGACUGGUCAAUCAGAUGCGCGGUGGCUGAAAACCACAAAUCCGGCUGACGACUGCAACUCCCUGGCUACACCAAUGGAAUUCUUCCGUGACAUACUCCGGAGACAGAAGCUUGGCGGCAGCGAAAAGCACCCGUGGGAGGAGGACAUCUGCCAGUACCAUGACCACCCCAGAGGUACUCUCAGAUGUGCCGAUAUAGGCAAACGUGCAGCUAUGGACGUGGAAGUGGAAGGGGAUGAACACUAUUCUGCUGACACAGAAACCACCAUUGGCGCUCCAAGAGACCUGACGAGUGGGCUGGAUGAUGUAGAGUAA